AUGGAUUUAAUCAACUCAACUGAACAAAACAGUACAUCAGGAGAACUAUUCAAAUGGGUGACAUCCAAGAUUCUCAUUUCCAUUACCCUAUCUGUGCUUGCAUUAAUGACAACAGCCAUUAACUCUCUUGUGAUGACUGCAAUAAUUGUGACAAGAAAGCUCCACCACCCUGCCAACUAUUUAAUCUGCUCUCUUGCAGUGACCGAUUUCCUUGUGGCAGUCCUAGUGAUGCCCUUCAGCAUUGUUUACAUUGUAAAGGAGACCUGGAUUAUGGGGCAAGUGGUGUGCGACAUUUGGCUGAGCGUGGAUAUUACCUGCUGCACGUGUUCCAUCUUGCAUCUCUCUGCCAUUGCUUUGGAUCGGUACAGAGCAAUCACAGAUGCUGUGGAAUAUGCCAGGAAAAGGACACCUAAGCAUGCUGGCAUCAUGAUUGCAGUGGUAUGGAUCAUAUCCAUUUUUAUUUCCAUGCCGCCUUUGUUUUGGCGGCACCAAACAACCAGCAGGGAUGACGAAUGCAUCAUCAAACAUGAUCACAUUGUUUUUACCAUUUACUCUACAUUUGGAGCCUUCUACAUCCCAUUGGCCUUGAUUUUGAUCCUUUACUACAAGAUAUACAAGGCAGCAAAGACAUUUCACAGAAGGAGCGUCAGUCGUAUCGUAAGGGAGGAGGUAAAUGGACAAGUCCUCUUGGAGGCAGGUGAAAGAAGCACCAAACUUACUUCAAUGCCCAGCACAGUAGAGAAGACUUCAGAUCCUCUGGUGGACUGUGAUAAAAUCAAUAUCACCCUACGAAGCCCCAGGUCUGAAUCUAAGCAAGAGAAGUCCUGGAAAAAACAGAGAAUCUCUAGCACAAGAGAGAGAAAAGCAGCAACUACUCUGGGUUUGAUCUUGGGGGCGUUUGUGAUCUGCUGGCUUCCUUUUUUUGUAAAAGAAGUAGUUGUUAAUACCUGUGAAAGAUGUCACAUCUCAGAAGACAUGUCUAAUUUCCUAGCAUGGCUGGGAUAUAUCAAUUCCCUUAUUAACCCUCUAAUCUACACAAUCUUUAAUGAAGAUUUCAAGAAAGCCUUUCAGAAGCUUGUCCGGUGUAGGCAAUAUCUUUAG